AUGGUCUGUAAUUUUCUUUUCGCAGGACUGAGACUUGUUGGAGGAAGCUGGAACGGAGAAGGAAGAGUUGAAAUUUUUUACAACGGCAACUGGGGAACUGUGUGUGAUGACAGCUGGGAUUUAGACGAUGCAAGAGUCAUAUGUCGUGAACUUGGAUACUCCGGUGCUGUUAGUGCUCAUAGUUCUGCACACUUUGGCUCCGGAAGCGGUCAAAUUUGGUUGGAUGAUGUCAACUGUAUUGGAAGUGAAACUUCCAUUGUAAAUUGCCCGCAUGGUGGUUGGGGCUCACAUAACUGCGGUCACCAUGAAGAUGCAUCUGUCGUUUGUUCAAGUAAGUAGUGAUCGCAAACAGGUCUCUGUUUAGUCUGGUUUUCACUAUUGAUGCAAACACAGCUUUUUAGAAGAGUUCCUCUUUCAUCUUGUAAAGGGUCUUUACAAUUUUUUAAAUGAACACUAGUGAGCAGCGCAAAGCAACGCGAGGAUCUUGUUUACUUGAUUUUAUUUCUCCGAAUGGUUUCGUCUGAUCACACAGACUUCAUCAGGGAGUAUAACAAGAUAGAGCUAAGGAACUAACUUUAUACCUAAUGAUUGAGACAAAAUCACGUUCCUGUAAGGGUGCAUGUGAACAGCCAAAAACACCCACAGCAUAUGCUUGCAGGAUGUGGCUAUAAUCCUGCGUUACGAAAUUUGCAAUGUUUAAUUUGGGGCCCACGGGUUUAACGUUAAAAACAAAACAGCAGCCAACGUUUUGUUUUGGUUGAAGACAGAAUUAACUUACAUGUACGGCUGUUCUCACAAGUACAACAUCUAUGCGUUUACAAACUUAUCCAAAUUGUUUUAAAAUGCGUUUAAAUCGUUCUCGCGAGUAUUUUAAGGACUCAUUAGUCGGUAAACAUGUAUUGAAAAUCUUAAAAAAGGUAGUGACAUAAAAGGGAAAGGAAAUUAUAACAUGUUUCCUAGGGAUGUAAGGCUGCAGCAAUCAAACCUUGAUCCAUUUAUUUUGUCAUUUUGUUAAAGACAAAAAGUCAUUUCUGAUCGGCGGUCGGGAAAGGUGGCGGUUGUGUUUUUGAGCAGUUCCUGUUUUCGCUGAUCUGGUCUCGUUGUUUUCGUCUAAACUUAAAUAGUAUUAAUUCAUUCUGAUUAACAAGAUGCCUGACAAACGAAAAAACCAAAAGAAAGUCAACAUGCCACCUCUUAAGACUCAUAUUUCCCCACUUAUUUCGUUCCUAAUCUCUGUGGUAUUUUCCCCAGUAAACUUAAACUGGCAAAACUUCCACUUCAAUUGGCUUUAGGCAAAAGUGCUCGACAGAUCAUGCACUGAUAAAAAUUACUGAAUCAAUCCGUAACUCAAUUGACAACAAUGAGUUUGGCUGUGGCAUUUUUAUUGAUCUAAAAAAGGCAUUUGAUACAGUUAAUUAUUCCAUUCUUUUAUCAAAACUGAAUCAUUACAGAGUGAGAGGUGAACCCUAUGAUUGUUUCAAUCUAUCUGUCCAAUAGAGAACAAUUUGUAUGUAUAAAUGGCCAUAAAUCUGAUUCUUUCUCAAUCACUCUCGUGGAGUACCUCAUGGAUCCAUUCUUGGAUCCCUGUUGUUUUUGGUAUAUAUUAAUGAUUUACCGAACACUUCGAAACUGCUUAGUUUCCACUUGUUUGCUGAUGACACUAAUAUAUAUUGUUCACGUAAAACCUUAUUGAUCUUGAACUUAAAUCCUAACUCAAGAGCUCCACGCAGUGACUGAGUGGAUGAAAUCUAAUAGACUAGCUCUCAGUAUUUUCAAAACUAAUUUUUUUCUUUUUUAUUCUAAGAAACUAAAACCAUACAAGUCAUUAAAGAAUCAUGUUAAUGAACUCUGCUUAAAACUAUCGAAAACUGUAGGCAUAUUUUCCAAAUUAAGGUACUAUGUUAAUGUUGAUAUACUUAUUAUGCUUUACGGUUCCCUAAUUUACCCCUUUCUUACUUACAGUAUUCAAGUUUGGGGUCUCACAUACCCAACCUACCUAAAACCGGUAGCUACUUUAAAGUUGCAAAAACGAGUCGUCAGAAUAAUGACUUUUACCGACCCUAGAUCACUUUCUGAGCCAUUGCAAAAUGUUGGCGCCACCGACACGUUUAGCCUGCCCGUCCAUAACGCUCACACGUUUGUUUAAGAUAAUAAAUACUAAAAUUGUUGCACUGUGAGACUCAAGAUCUUGAAAACCAUAACUUAUUCGUUCAGCGGCACACACCCCUCAAUAGGUAGCCCUUGAUAAUACUAGGCGUAUCUUCGACUUUUCAGGACUGAGACUUGCUGGAGGAAACUGGAACGGAGAGGGACGAGUAGAGAUAUUGUAUAGCGGCAGCUGGGGAACAGUGUGCGAUGACAGCUGGGAUAUGGACGAUGCAAGAGUCGUAUGUCGCGAACUUGGUUAUCCUGAUGCUGCUAGUGCACUACAGUCCGCCCACUUUGGUGCUGGAAGUGGUCAAAUCUGGUUGGACGAUGUCAGCUGUGCGGGAAGUGAAGAUUCCAUUGAGAAUUGUCCACACAAUGGAUGGGGUUCACAUAACUGCAAUCACAAUGAGGAUGCAGGGGUCGUUUGU